CAACCCAUGAACCCAACUCUUUAUAUCUCCAUACCCACAUGCGAAAAACUCUAAAAAACUCCUCCAUUACUGGGUUUCUUUAAUUAAUCAGCUCGUGCCUGCAACUGCUAGGCCUGCGUGUCAGAUAGAAAACCAAGGUAUUUGAAGCUCGGAGAGAGAGAGAGAGAGAGAGACACAGAGAUUUCUUAAUUUUGGGUUUUGAAAGCUUUGAAAACAGUGAGGAGGUGAGGGUGAAUUGGGUUUUCUGUGAAUGGUUAUUUAGUUUAGAUGGAUUUACUGAGAGAUGUGUUUCAGUGGACAAAAACUAGGAAUAUAUGGUGUUUUGUUGAUUACAGAAGAAGACAAUGCCAAUGUAUACAAAAACAAACGGUUUUAGUGGAAGGAACAAAACCCAGAAAUUCCUCAAGAAUGGCUUCUAGCUGUUGCAAGAUCUCUUCAAUAAUUCCCAUUUUUGUUGGUUUUCUUCUUGUUGCUUCUUCUCUUAGUCCCGUAGUAGUAUCGACUUCGAUUGCAUCACAAAACGACGAGCCGAAGCUUCAGACCAACCAGACCUUCCGACCUGGAGAAGAGUUGCAGAAGUUGAAGAGAAUAAGAGCUCAUCUCAGAAGGAUCAACAAGCCUCCUGUGAAAACAAUUCAGAGUCCAGAUGGUGACCUUAUAGAUUGUGUUCUAUCACAUCUACAACCAGCUUUCGAUCAUCCUGAACUGAGAGGGCAGAAGCCACUGGAUCCACCGGAGAGACCCAAUGACGACAAUCCGAUGGAUUCAGUGCCGGAAGGUUUUCAGGUUUGGUCAAAUUCAGGCGAGUUAUGUCCAGAAGGAACAAUUCCGAUAAGAAGAACCAAAGAAGAAGACAUACUGAGAGCAAGUUCUAUUGCAAGAUUUGGAAGAAAAAUUAGUAGAACAGUUAGACGCGACACUACGAGCAGUAACCACGAGCAUGCAGUUGGGUAUGUAAUGGGAGAUCAGUAUUUUGGAGCCAAAGCCAGCAUUAAUGUAUGGGCACCUCAUGUAGCAAAUCAGUAUGAGUUCAGCUUAUCCCAAAUGUGGGUAAUCUCUGGUUCAUUUGGAGAUGAUCUUAACACCAUUGAAGCUGGUUGGCAGGUAAGCCCAGAACUGUAUGGAGACAACUACCCCAGGUUCUUCACUUACUGGACAACUGAUGCAUAUCAAGCCACUGGAUGCUACAAUUUACUUUGCUCAGGCUUUGUUCAAACAAACAAUAAGAUUGCCAUCGGAGCCGCAAUCUCUCCGACAUCGGGCUAUAAUGGCGGCCAAUUCGAUAUCAGUUUAUUGGUUUGGAAGGAUCCGAAGCAUGGGAAUUGGUGGCUUGAAUUCGGGUCGGGUCUAUUGGUCGGGUAUUGGCCAUCGUUCUUGUUUAGUCACUUGAGGGAUCAUGCAAGUAUGGUGCAAUUUGGAGGAGAGAUUGUGAACAGCCGGCCGUCGGGUUUCCACACCGCGACGCAAAUGGGAAGCGGUCACUUUGCCGAAGAAGGUUUUGGGAAAGCCUCUUAUUUCCGAAACCUGCAAGUUGUGGAUUGGGAUAACAAUUUGAUUCCUUUAUCGAAUCUUCGGGUCUUGGCGGACCACCCGAAUUGUUAUGAUAUUCAAGGUGGAAUUAACAAUGUUUGGGGUAAUUACUUUUACUAUGGAGGUCCUGGAAAAAACUCCAGAUGUCCCUAAGGAAA